AUGUCGAGCGAAAAGUUCAACGUCACGGAGCAUGCCGUUCCCGGCUGCCAUAUCCGAGAAUAUCCCGGGAGUACUGUUCACCAGGAAGACAUACUGAAACUCCAUGUCAAGCAGUAUACUCCCAAGAACCAGGCCGAACCCGUUCCCGCCGAUGCCAUCACUAUCAUCGCUGCUCACGGAGCUGCACUUCCCAAGGAAUUGUAUGAGCCACUCUGGGAUGAGCUGCUAAACCAAGCCACCGGUUUCCAUAUUCGCAGCAUCUGGGUGGCCGACUGCGCCAGUAUGAACACUAGUGGGGUCUUGAAUGAGGAUAAACUCAGCAUGGACUGUAUCCAUCUUGUCUUCCAGAUGAUGCCAAUUCCUAAGACCAAUCAUCUCUUCUCCACACGCAGGCUCCUGGAUGGAUCAUGCGCGGGACCUGUUCCUGAUGAUCAACCAUUUCCGCGAGCAGAUGCCCCGUCCACUCGUAGGAAUCGGCCACAGCAUGGGCGGCAACAUCAUGUGUGUGCCAGCAUAGACUUUUCGACCCAGCAGCAGCGAGCACUGACCAUCCCUUUCAGCACGAACCUGGCCUUUCUCCACCCGCGCUUAUUCACAACCAUCCUCCUCGUGGACCCUGUCAUUCAGCUGAGCCCACCAGCUAUGGGGUUCGGCACCGACCCUCCGGGGGCAGCGAACUACACUCUCCGACGCUCGGACGUAUGGCCCAGCCGCGAGGCAGCCGUGCAAGCCAACCGCAAGUUUAUGCACGGAUGGGAUCCUCGAUGUGUGGAAUUGAUGGCGGACCACGGCUUCCGGGAUCUACCGACGCGGCUGUACCCGGACGUGGAGGCGGUGAAGGCGAAGUUUGGCACAUCCACCAACAACAACAACAACACCACCACUCCUGUCACUCUAACCACCACCAAGCAUCAUGACCUCCUCGGCCAAAUUCGACAGAAUUUCAGCGCCCGUAACCCAACCACUGGGGUGAUUGAGAUCCCCCGCGACUUCCAUGCCGAUUUGGAUCCCGUGGCUGCCUUCAUCCCCCUCUACCGUCCUGAACCUCGCAGUACCUUCUUCCGUCUCCCCACUCUCCGCCCCUCCUGCCUCUGGGUCGUGGGCGGAUCGACCUAUUUGAAUCUCGAUGAGAUGCGCCUUGCGAUCAAGCGGUGUGGAACUGGGGUUGGUGGGAGUGGGGAUUUGCUUGAGGGAAGAGUCAAAGAGGUUACAUUACCUGGCUUGGGCCAUCUGAUGCCGUUCCAGGAGGUCAAGGCCGUAGUGGAACCGUGUGCGGCUUGGUUGCGGGAGGAAAUGGAGCGAUUUCGUCGCGUAGAGCAGGAGUGGGAGGAGGCCCAGAAGGGCAAAAGUCAUCUGGUGGUUGAGGAUAACUGGUAUAAAGUUCUGAAGCCGGUGAAUGCUCGUCACGGUAAGGUCGGGCGUAGUGCGAAGCUGUCGUGA